AUGGUGCUCAAGACAGCGACGUGCCGCUUCAGCGGCCUCAGGAUCUAUCCUGGGAGGGGCAUCUUGUAUGUUCGCGUUGAUGGCCAGCAGUACCUUUUCCUGAACCAGAAGUGCAAGUCCCUGUUCGCCCAGCGCAAGCGUCCUGCCAAGAUCGCAUGGACUGUGACGUACAGGAAGCAGCACAAGAAGGACCAAGAAACACAGAUCGCUCGCAAGAAGAGGAGAACCACGGCUCGCACACAGACCCGCUCAAUCGCUGGAGCCUCUAUGGAGGUGAUCGCCAAGAAGCGGGCUGAGAAGCCCGAGGUCCGCAAGGCAUCUCGUGAGGCUGCACUGCGUGAGGUGAAGGAGAGGCUGAAGAAGCAGAAGCAAGACAAGGCGGCC